CUAGUGGCAGAACACCAAACUAAAUGCAAAUAGGUGUUCUCUAUGCACUCAGCAGCAGGGAGGCUGUACUUCAAUCAGCCUACUUCGUCAUGGACAAAAUAAAAAUGCAGUGUCGUCUUACAGCAAGUCAAAGUCCCUGCAGGUGACAGGUGUAAGGAUCUGCCAGAAGAAGCCCAAACUAUGGAACUGGCCCCUGAUUCCUGCAUACUCCUGAAUGAUGGCCACAAAAUGCCAGUCAUUGGAUAUGGCACCUAUGCACCCCAAGAGGUUCCUAAGAGCUUGGCAGAAGAAAGUGUAAGAAUUGCCCUUGAAGUUGGCUAUCGUCACAUUGACUGUGCAUUUAUAUAUGGUAAUGAGGUAGAGGUGGGCCGAGCCAUCAGAGAAAAGAUUGCAGGAGGAACACUGAAAAGAGAGGACAUCUUCUACACCGGGAAGCUCUGGCUGACUGACCAAGCGCCUGAGAGAGUACGACCCGCAAUUGAAAGAUCCCUGCGAGAUCUUCAGCUAGAUUAUAUGGAUCUUUUCCUUAUCCACAAUCCCAUGGAACUCAAGCCUGGCGAUGACCCUAAUCCAAUUGAUGAGAAUGGAAAAGUCAUCUAUCACAACACAGACAUUCGUGACACUUGGAAGGUGAUGGAGGACUGUAAGGCAGCCGGUCUAACCAAAUCAAUUGGAGUAUCAAGCUUUAACCGACGGCAGCUAGAACUCAUACUUAAUAUGCCUGAUCUGCGAUACAAACCAGUCUGUAACCAGGUGGAGUGCCACAUCUACUUCAACCAGACAAAACUGUUAGGAUUCUGCAAGUCACAUGACAUUGUAUUGGUGGCGUUCGCUGUCUUGGGAUCCAGUCGGGAUAAGGGCUGGGUCGAUCAAGAUAGCCCAUAUAUUCUGAAAGACCCCACCUUGAUUGCUGUGGCUAAGAAAUAUAGCCGAACUCCAGCUCAAGUGGCCAUGAGGCACCUCCUUCAGAGGGAAACUGUAGUCCUUGCUAAGAGCUUUAACCCAGAGAGGAUUAAAGAGAACUUUCAGGUAUUUGACUUUGAGUUAAGUGAUGAAGACAUGAAAACGCUGAAUGAGCUUGACAGAAACAUGCGCUAUUGCAAUGGAAACAACUGUUAAAUUGCUUCGUAGAUGGCCUGACCACCCGAAAUGUCCUUUCCACGAUGAGUAUUGAAGGGCCAUAUUUUGAAAUUGCAUGACCUCGCUUACCCCUGGUGAUCCUUAAAGAUAUACUCCACCCAUUACUCUACUGAUGUGUUUCAUUGUAUUUUUUCUGGAAACCUUAAUUUGCUGUAUUGUUAAAGGAAUAUGAACAUAAGGCUGAUAUCCCUCUCUGCACUGCAUUGGUAACAAAACUGUGAUUUAAUCCUUUUAACACUCUUUGAAAUGUUAUAUAUUUUUAAACGUGCUUGCAAAAAAAUAAAGUAAAAAUAAUUCAAAAUA